AUGGCUUAUUCCAACAAAAUAUUAUUCCAAUGCAUUUCAUUGGCUUUGGUUGUUCUUUUUGGAAUCUUGUCUUUAGAGGCCAAUGGUAGGAUUCUUGAAGAUUCCAUAAUGCAUGAGAGACAUGAAAAAUGGAUGGUUCAACAUGGUAAAUACUAUAAAGACUCUAAUGAAAAGGAAUUAAGGUUCAAAAUUUUCAAAGAAAAUGUUGAACGCAUUGAGGCCUUUAAUAGUGAUGGAAACAAGUCUUACAAGCUUGGCAUUAAUCAAUUUGCUGAUCUAACAAAUGAUGAGUUUAAGGGUAGGAAUAAGUUCAAGGGUCACAUGUGUUCCACAAUCACAAAGACACCAACAUUUAGGUAUGAAAAUGUGAGUGCUGUUCCACCUUCAAUUGAUUGGAGACAGAAAGGUGCUGUCACACCUAUUAAGGACCAAGGCCAAUGUGGAUGUUGUUGGGCAUUUUCUGCUGUGGCAGCAACAGAAGGAAUCACAAAACUAACAACAGGGAAAUUAAUCUCCUUAUCAGAACAAGAGCUUGUUGAUUGUGACACAAAAGGUGUGGACCAAGGUUGUGAAGGUGGUCUAAUGGACAAUGCAUUCAAAUUCAUAAUCCAAAACAAAGGCCUCACAACAGAAUCCAAUUAUCCAUACACAGCAUCUGAUGGAACAUGCAACACAAAAGCAGAAUCAAACCAUGCAGCCAGCAUUAAAGGGUUUGAAGAUGUACCUGCCAACAGUGAAAGUGCACUUCUAAAAAGUGUUGCCAAUCAACCAGUUUCCGUUGCCAUUGAUGCUAGUGACUUUGGUUUCCAGUUUUACUCAGGUGGUGUUUUCACUGGAUCUUGUGGUACUAGUUUGGAUCAUGGUGUCACUGCAGUUGGUUAUGGAGUUAGUGAUGAUGGAACUAAGUAUUGGUUGGUUAAGAAUUCAUGGGGUGAAACAUGGGGUGAACAAGGUUACAUUAGAAUGCAGAGAGACAUUGAUGCUAAACAAGGUUUGUGUGGCAUUGCAAUGCAAGCUUCUUAUCCUACUGCAUAA